UGGUUUCACAGAGAAUUGGUUGUCACUCACAAUAAUGACCACUUCCGGUUGGAAAAUGAAAGGACAACCCAGGUUUAAUUUCAGCUUCAGCACGGAGUAGAGAGGAGAAAUUGGGCAGCAGCACUAAUAGCGUUACAUUUGUAAGAAAAAUGUUGCGUCCAAAUAGUGCUUCCCCGAGGACCAGUACUGUUAAACAGCCAGGUCCGGCAAACUCAAGUCGAGCCAAGGGUCUUAAAGAUAUUCGUGUUGAUGAAGAAGUGAAAAUAGCUGUCAACAUUGCGCUGGAGAGGUUUCGUUAUAGUGAUCAAAAAGAAAUGGAAUUUCCUUCAUCCUUGACAAGUACUGAGAGAGCAUUUAUUCAUCGCCUGGCGCAGUCACUGGGACUUGUGUCUAAAAGCAAAGGGAAAGGUCCAAAUCGAUGCCUGACAUUGAAGAAAAAGAAUGGAUCAGAAGCAUCAAGUGCACUAAUGUCCUGCAACCUGACCCAAAAUACAAAGCAAGCAGUGCGUAACCUAAUCCAGAGAUUUCCUCUCACAAACAAGGAAAGGACAGAGUUGCUUCCUAAAACAGAGCGGGGAAACGUGUUGGCAGUUGAGGCUGAGAAUCGUGAAAUAGGCAAGACCAGUGGACGUUUAAACAAUGGUAUUCCUCAAGUACCAGUUCAGAGAGGAGUGUCAGAAUAUGAUUUCUUCAGGCAAUCUUUACCAGUCUUUGAAAAACAAGAGGACAUCAUUAGAAUUAUUAAUGACAAUAAAGUAGUUUUGAUUGUUGGAGAAACCGGAUCAGGGAAGACAACUCAGAUACCUCAGUUUAUUCUUGAUAAUUGCCACAAAAAUGGAUUACCAUGUCGCAUAUUUUGCACCCAGCCAAGGCGACUGGCAGCAAUAUCUGUUGCAGAAAGGGUCGCAGCAGAGAGAGGGGAGAAAAUUGGCCAAUCUGUUGGUUACCAGAUUCGACUUGAAAGCCGAGUUUCACCCAAGACACUACUUACUUUUUGUACAAGUGGAGUUCUACUUCGUACCUUGAUGGGAGGAGACAGCACUCUAUCAACUGUAACUCACAUUAUUGUGGAUGAAGUUCAUGAACGCGAUCGAUUCAGUGACUUCCUGUUGACCAAACUGAGAGACGUAAUACAGAAGCAGCCUGUUUUGAAACUGAUCCUUUCUAGUGCAGCCUUGGAUGUAAACUUGUUUAUGAAAUAUUUUGGAGGUUGCCCUGUUAUAUAUAUACAAGGAAGACCCUUUGAAGUAAAAGAGAUGUUUUUAGAAGAUAUAUUAAGAAGUACUGGGUACAGAAAUAAGGGAAUGCUUAAAUAUAACAAAGAAAAAGAGUGUGAGGAGCAACAAAAGACAACGUUAACUGAAUGGUAUUCUGCAAAACAAAAGAACCUGAAGCUAGAAACUCGGAGACAGAGGAGUGUCCCAGCAAUAAAAGAAGAAUAUGACAUAUUAGAUGAUGGUGGUGACACUUUGUUUGGUCAGAUGACUGAAAAAGAUGCCAACUGCCUUGAGCCAUGGCUGGUAAAGGAAAUGGAUGCUUGUCUCUCUGAUAUUUGGCUCAACCGAGAUGUGGAAGCUUUUGGCCAACUGUUCCAUUUGAUAUCAACAGAAAAUGUCAGUGUUGACUACAGACACAGUGAAACUAGUGCUACUCCAUUAAUGAUAGCAGCUGGACAAGGGUUUUUAAGUCAUGUAGAGCAGCUGAUUAGCAUGGGGGCCAAUAUCCACGGCAAAGCAUCAAAUGGAUGGACGGCUUUGGAUUGGGCUAAACACUUUGGCCAAACUGACGCUGUGGACCUGUUGAAGUCGUACAGUGCUUCUUUGGAAACAGGGGAUCUGGAUGAGAAUUCUCUGGUUCAAGCUGAAGGCAGUGAUUUGAGUGCCGAGGACAGAGAACUCUUGAAAUCUUACCAUCACAGUUUUGAUGAUGAAAAAGUAGAUCUAGAUCUUAUUAUGCACAUACUUUAUAACAUUUGUCAGAUAACUGAUACAGGGGCUAUACUGAUUUUUCUUCCUGGCUAUGAUGAGAUAGUAGGACUGAGAGAUCGUAUCUUGUUUGAUGAUAAAAGAUUUGCUGAAAAUUCUCACAGGUACCAUGUAUUUAUGUUGCAUUCAAACAUGCAGACAUCAGACCAGAAGAAAGUGCUAAAAACUCCACCAGCUGGCAUUAGAAAAGUUAUACUUUCUACAAAUAUUGCCGAAACCAGCAUCACAGUUAAUGAUGUUGUUUUUGUGAUUGACUCUGGUAAAGUUAAAGAGAAAUCUUUUGAUGCUCUGAACAAUGUAACCAUGCUUAAAAUGGUGUGGAUUUCUAAAGCGAGUGCAAUUCAAAGAAAAGGAAGGGCUGGUCGCUGCAGGCCUGGAAUCUGUUUCCGCUUAUUUAGCAAGCUUCGUUUUCAAAAUAUGUUGGAAUUUCAGACUCCUGAACUACUGAGAAUACCUCUGCAUGAGCUUUGCCUACACACCAAAUUGCUCGUGCCACUUAACUGUCCUGUUGCUGAUUUUCUAAUGAAAGCUCCAGAGCCACCACCAGCUCUAAUAGUCCGUAAUGCUGUACAGAUGCUGAAGACUAUAGAUGCCAUGGAUAAUUGGGAAGAUUUGACAGAAAUUGGUUAUCAUUUGGCAGACCUGCCAGUAGAGCCCCACCUUGGGAAAAUGGUGCUUUGUUCAGUAAUUUUGAAGUGCCUGGAUCCAAUUUUGACUAUAGCCUGUACUUUGGCCUACCGGGAUCCAUUUGUCUUGCCUAGCCAAGCCUCUCAGAAACGUGCCGCCAUGUUGUGCAGAAAGAGAUUUACAGCAGGAACAUUCAGUGAUCAUAUGGCUCUACUCAGAGCUUUCCAGGCAUGGCAGAAAGCAAAAAGUGAUGGAUGGGAAAGGGCAUUUUGUGAGAAGAAUUUUCUCUCUCAGGCCACAAUGGAAAUUAUCAUCGGACUGAGGACACAGCUCCUGGGUCAGCUUAGAGCUUCAGGGUUUGUUAGGGCUCGUGGAGGUGGAGAUAUACGGGAUGUUAAUACAAACUCUGAAAAUUGGGCUGUGGUAAAGGCUGCCCUGUUGGCUGGCAUGUAUCCAAACUUAAUACAUGUGGAUAGAGAAAAUAUGGUACUAACUGGUGUAAAGGAAAAGCGCGUGAGGUUCCAUCCUGCUUCUGUAUUAAGCCAGCCACAGUACAAAAAGAUCCCUUCUGCAAAUUGCCAGGCAGAAGCUGUUCAAGCCCUACCUACAGACUGGCUUGUGUAUGAUGAGAUGACCCGUUCUCAUAGAAUUGCAAAUAUUAAGUGCUGUUCAGUGGUUACUCCAGUGACCGCAGUGUUAUUUGCAGGACCUGCAAGACUUCCUAGCAAUGCUUUGCAGGAACCAUCUUCUUUCCAAGUUGGCGAUGGCAUACCAAAUGACAGUAGUGACAGUGAAAUGGAGGACAGGAACAUGGCCAUUCUAGCAGCACUAAAACUGGAUGACUGGUUGCAUUUCAGAUUGGAUCCUGAGGCUGCUGGACUCCUAUUUCAACUUCGGCAAAAAUGGUACAGCUUAUUUCUUAGACGAAUUCGAGCACCAUCAAAGCCUUGGUCUCAAGUCGAUGAAGCAACCAUUAGAGCAAUUAUAGCCGUUCUAAACACAGAAGAGCAAUCGUCUGGUUUGCAGCAACCUUCUGGGAUUGGACAAAGACCAAGACCAAUGUCUUGUGAAGACCUCCCAUUAACUUCUGGGAGAAUUAACAAUAGCCAAAAGAGUUUCGCAGAAGCAGAGUCAUUAGAGGAUCCAUCCGGUUUAGACAGCAUUGCUUUAAAGUCUCCAUCACAAGCCUUCACUCUGCAGGCAAAAUAUAAACGGCCUGAAGACAAAACUGAUCAGUCGUCGGUGAAAUGCAAAUUAUUGGAUUACUCGAGCCACCCCAGCCCCUGUGCAAGUCCUUCCCCUCCAUCCUCUGCAAAGGAAUCAAACUCACCAUCGCCAAGACCAAUCAUAUCUGUGCGAUACUUUAUUAUGAAAAGCAGCAACCUUAGAAAUCUUGACAUUUCACAACAGAAGGGAAUAUGGUCCACAACACCAAGUAAUGAGCGCAAAUUGAACAGAGCCUUUUGGGAGAGCAGCACAGUUUAUUUGGUAUUCUCUGUUCAAGGGUCAGGACACUUUCAGGGCUUUGCAAGAAUGACUUCAGAGAUUGGUCGAGAGAAAAGUCAGGACUGGGGCUCUACAAGCCUUGGAGGUGUUUUUAAAGUGGAAUGGAUAAGAAAAGAGAGCCUACCUUUUCAGCACGCUCAUCACUUGCUCAACCCUUGGAAUGACAAUAAAAAAGUUCAAAUCAGUCGUGACGGACAGGAACUUGAGACGCUUGUUGGAGAACAGUUGCUUAUGUUGUGGGACAGAGUUCUUUUGACAAGCAAAAGUAUUCCUCUGUCACAGUGAUCCUGUCAAUACUGGGUGCUACAGAAUUCGAUUUCGGUAAUCGAAGGUGCUGAGGAUUCUCAAUGCACAAAGCAUCUAUGGAUAUAGCACUUCAGGACUGGUUCCUUUAAGACUUUAAUAAUCACAUGCACUAAUUUGUCUAUAGCAUACACACUUUUAAAACUUGAGCUAGCAACACACAAUUCGAUUUUAUGCACUUUGAGAGGUUUUAGAACAGAUGACACUAACACAGUGAAUUGCAUAGAUCCACAUAUUACUCAUAGCCUGCGUUAGUAACGCUAUCUUUAAGUACAGCAGCCAAUGCUCAAAGGUGGGACACUAAAAUGAAGAGAAUGACUUGGAGAAGGAGCUUCCAGGGAACAACCUCUCCUCUGGGAUGCCUCUUGAGUCCUGGGUGGUUGGGAUUAAGGGGGCCUUGGACCAGUGAAUGACAUAGGUUUAGAUUUUUUGUUGUCCCAAAUCCAAAACAGCCAAUCAGAUGUCUGCUUCUAGCAGACUAGUAAAUGUUAUUUAGUAAAUUGCAAUUUUUAACAUUUUUUUACAUGCAGUUUAUAAAGUUAAACAUGAAUAUGAAAUCUCUCCAGAGUUUCAUAACAAUUUUAAAAAUCUGUUCUGUUUGACAGUUAUAAGUCGAUACAGAUAUUUAAAACAAUGGUGACCUGAAAGAAUGCUUAAGGUUUGAAUUACAUUUUUCUGUAAUAUUGUGUGAUCAUUCAUUUGAAUUGUAUUUUUACUGUUAAAAAUAAUCUCCAGAUUUACCUAAACCUGUAAUUUAAUUCUACUAUUAAAAGUAAUUUAAUUCUACUAUUAAACUGCCCUGUGAGAUUGUGAUUGUCUUAUGACUAUCACAGAGCCUGUCAAUGUGCAUAAAUAAUGUAGCAUGCUCUGGGUCAGACUGGGCCGGCUGGACACUGGGAAAAUAAAAAACCUGGUGGGCCCAGACCCGCUCCCUGCCUCAAACCAUUUCUGCUGCCCCAUCACUGACCCUAGUUUCGGAUGUAAGGAUAAAAAUGUAUUCACAUGGGGAAGGAGGGGAGAGUGGGAUUUUUGUGGCUGUGGUGGGACCCUGGCUGGGUUGUAGGGCCACCAGUCCGAGACUGACAUUCGUCAUCCCAUCCUAUAAGAAACAAGUUCUUUACCCCAUCCUACCAUUUCAGUGUGACAGCCACCCAGUGCACUCCAGCUGUCACAUAACUUGCAACUUUGCAUACAAUAGCGUGUCAAUGGUUUUCAAGUCAUGGCCUUAAUCCUAUUAUAUAUUAUAUGGCCUUAUGUUCCCAUUUAGUCUUAAACAUUCCUCCUAAAAGAGAAGUGCAUAUAUGCCAUGAUAUUUCUGAUAUUUUUUUUUAAUCGGUCUAUAAGGAUCACCUUUAUAUUGUUUCCCCAGGAUAUUCUAAUGUGAGUACCAGUGCUUAUUUGAGUAAAUCUUUAUCUCCCUGUGUCCUUGUUGACUGGAAUUGGCAAUUAGGUCUUUGGAAAUCAAAAGAAUUUUGGCAAAGAGGAUCAGUGCAUUGGUUCAUAUUUCUUUUAUGCCGAGUUUAUUGUAUUCUGUAUAAUUUUCUUACAGUGGUUUUUCCAGGGAAAGUUGCCUAAAAGUCACUUUUAAGAGAAUUGAUACAGCACUAUUCUAAAAUUAUUGGGUUAUUCCCCCCUGCCCCCAUUUUUUAAAGAAAAUAAAGGCCAAUGGCAAUGCUGCUUAGUCUACUUCUAUCUACCAGAUAUUAAUCGUUUAUUUUAUAUACACUUUUAACAUAAAUCUCCUACUUUGAAAACCUUUUAAGGCCUUUGAAGUACAAUAUAAGCAAUGCACUUUGUCUUUCUGGCAUGCAGAAAUGGGAUGUCGAACCCACAGGCCGUCAGCUGUAGUGAAUGUUGUACCCCCCAGUAUCUAUUUGACCACAGAAGCUGGACAUGUCAUUUCACAAUAGCUGGGCAUAGACAUAUUUGCGAAGGUGUGAAGUUGUUUUUUAUUUUCUUAAAUGGGGCUCCUUAAAGGGCAAGUCAACCCCAAAAUAAAAAUUUGCCUAAUAAAAGAAAACACAGUUCUAAGUAACUUUCAAUAUACAUUUAUUAAAAAUUGCCAGUGCUGUUAAAGUAAUGUGUAAAAACAAAUGCUACUAAAAAACAGCAUUUGCUUAACUCCUGGUUCUUUUUAAACAGUGUUGGAAAUGGCUUAGCUUCUAAGCAAAGUCAGGUCUGUUAAUCAGCUGCCUUGUCUUACAUUGUAUCAACAGUCUGAGUCAUCAGGGUAGAGAAUAGAAACGGACAAACAAUUUAUUCAUUUCAAUAUCAAUACGUAUACAAUUAACAUAAAAACCAUAGAAAAUUUGUACUGAAUGUAUAUUGCAAAGUUGCUUUGAAUUCUUUUUUUUUUUAUUAGGCACAUUUUUACUUUGGAGUUGACUUGCCCUUGAAUUAUUUCAAUGGGAUGAUAACACUACAGUUUAUAGAAAUGUUUCUGUAUGCACUCCACCAAUCUAAAUAACUAGCUUUACGUCGGCAGCUUGACUACUUACUAUUUUUACUUGUCAAAAUAGAUGAGCUGGAAUUGGCCAGAAUAAGGAAAGAUAUUUUAUGUGUGUGGGGAUUUAAACAUAAGCUUUGUGCGUGUAACAAAGUUCAUGUUGGCUGCACUAUCUAUCAGUCAAGAGGCAUAUAUUGCAAAAUCAAUUAAUAAAAUGGCCUGUUUUAAUGCACUGGGUUUAUAUUGUUGUAUUACUUAUCACCAUUCUUCUGUUGUUGACAGUUGUAUACAUUUUAUCUAUGGUUUUCAUUUAUCUGCAAUGUUAACAGACAUAUAUAAAAUAAACUCAAAUAGAUUAAA